CGAAAAAAAAUGCUCAGCAGAAUAUGCGCUCCACGGCACAUUUCUAUCGCAUCGACGUCAUUUUUGAAUCCUCAAAAUCGGUGUGAAACGACAAUUUCCCGUCGAAAUAUGAGUGCUCUACCACCGGCCAUCGCCCCCGCAUUUCAAUAUGCUUCAGAUUGUUAUAUAGCACAAUCAAUUCAAUUUGGAAUGGAAUCUCUUCAUGGAUUAGGGCUCUCAUGGCCUGGAGCAUUCAUUUCAGCUGCCAUUUUGCUCAGAAUUGGCACAGCUCCAUUGCAUAUUUAUGCGGAAAAGUUGUUUGCAAAUAGGCUUCACGCACAGAAUUUUUUGACUCAAGGAAUUAUGAAGAAAGUGAGUGAACGAUAUCGUGUACAACUGGGACCCUCCACGGACGGCACAAAGCUUGAAGUCAAAUCAUCCGAUCCAAAAAUCGCAAAAGCCACCCAAGAUGCUCUUCAAGAAGUUCCAGCUAUGCUCGCCGAGCACGGACUCCAGGCGGCGCGGAUUCAAAAUUUGAAAAUGUGCACUGUACCCGUUUGGAUAUUCUCCUCAUUUGCUCUUCGAAAUGUCAUUAAUUCGGAUUUCCAUCCAUCUGUAGCUGGACAUCUUUGGAUUCCGGAUAUGUUGGCUCCGGAUCCGUAUUUUAUUCUGCCCGUUGCUGUUGGAGUUUUCGGAUUUUUAAAUUUAUAUUCUCAACGCAAAAUCUACCCGGGAGUGGUGAAAAUGACGUGGAAACAGAAAUCGUACGACGGAGUCCUGGCAUUUUUCACAAUGUUCGCCGUGACGAUUAUGGCUCAAUUGCCGGCGUGUAUUCCCCUAUAUUGGCUCAUCGUCUCAACAACAGGAAUGGCUCAGGCUCAAAUGCUCCGUCAUCCGAAAAUUAAAGGAAUUUUUGGAAUUAAGAAGCUUCCAACGGACUCUGCAACACCAAUUAGAGAUCUUUUUAAAAUGAGAAAUGUUUAGACGGUUUUUUUUUUUCGAAUUUUUUUGUUCAAAUUUUAGGGCUUUAGGAGGAGUUUCUCUUGUUGUUUUAUUUAAUUUUUUUUUCAUGAAAAUAAUAUAUUUUUGUCCUU